CUUUGUUUUGAGGCUGUUUUGAGCAUGUUUUUAGAUCUGAGUGUGCAGGGUGUCCCCAGAGCUGAAAGCCGAGUGUUGGAGAUGUGGACAUGAUCCCAAGGCGAAAGAAGACUCCAGUGAGAGAAGUCUCAUACACAAGAUUACACAACGACUCAGAGCUCACGAGGCUGUACAUGAUUGAGAGGAGACUGGGUAAAGGGAACUACGGCGUUGUGUACAAAGCCACACACAUUGAAACACAAACGCUCUGGGCCAUUAAGGAGAUCUGCAAACCCGAGCCUGGGCACCCGCGCUGGAAGCUCCUGGACAACGAGAUAGAAAUCCUCCAGAGAGUGGACCACCCCAACAUCAUCCACCUGCGGGAGGUCCUCAACACAGCUCAGAAAAUGUACCUAGCCCUGGAGCUGUGCGCCGGAGGAGACCUGAAGCAGCUCCUGAAGAAGAAACGUUUUCUGACAGAGGAUGAGGCACGGCCCAUAAUAUGCGCCUUAGCCGAGGUUGUGGUGUACCUGCACCGCAGAGAUAUUGCACAUCGAGACCUCAAACUUGAAAACAUCCUUCUGAAAAACCCGGUGGAGGACAACAAUACUCCAAUCAUCAUAAAGGUGGCAGACUUUGGCUUGGCCAUGCAGACUGAUGUGGGAGGGGCUGGGAUGGGGACCCUGAUGACCCAAGUCUGUGGGACCCACGCUUACAUGGGUAAAGAUCAUAGUGCAUAA